UAAUCAAGGUCAUCUAUGACUUUGGUGUGUCCUUCAUCAUCAUCCUCGUGGUCUGGGCCGGCUGCUCUGGGCUGGUUUUCCUCAACUGCUUCUUUAAUUGGCCUCUGGAGCCCUUCCCGGGGCCAGAGGACAUGGACUACACGGUGAAGAUCAAGUUCAGCUGGCUAGGCUUUGACCACAAGAUCACAGGGAAGCAGUUCUACAAGCAGGUGACCACAGUGGGGCGCCGCCUCAGCGUGGGUAGCUCCAUGAGGAAUGCCAAGGAGCAGGCGGCACUGCAGGAGGGCCACAAGCUGUGUCUGUCCACUGUCGACCUGGAGGUGAAAUGUCAGCCGGAUACUGCAGCGGCCCCCUCAUUCAUGCACAGCGUGUUCAGCCCCAUCCUGCUGCUCAGCCUCGUCACCAUGUGUGUCACCCAGCUGCGGCUCAUCUUCUACAUGGGUGCCAUGAACAACAUCCUCAAGUUCCUGGUCAGCGGUGACCAGGACAAAGUUGGCCUCUACACCUCCAUCUUUGGUGUGCUCCAGCUGCUCUGCCUGCUGACAGCGCCGGUCAUUGGCUACAUCAUGGACUGGAGGCUGAAGGAGUGUGAAGAUGCCUCCGAGGAGCCUGAGGAGAAAGACACCAAUCAAGGUGAGAAGAAGAAGAAGCGGGACCGGCAGAUCCAGAAGAUAACCAAUGCCAUGCGGGCCUUUGCCUUCACCAACCUGCUGCUUGUGGGCUUUGGGGUGACCUGUCUCAUUCCCAACCUGCCUCUACAGAUCAUCUCCUUCAUCCUGCACACGAUUGUGCGUGGGUUCAUUCACUCUGCCGUCGGGGGCCUGUACGCCGCUGUGUACCCCUCCACCCAGUUCGGCAGCCUAACAGGCCUGCAGUCGCUGGUCAGCGCGCUCUUCGCCCUCCUGCAGCAGCCCUUGUUUCUGGCCAUGAUGGGCCCCCUCCAAGGAGACCCUCUGUGGGUGAAUGUGGGGCUGCUGGGCCUGAGUAUGCUGGGGUUCUGCCUCCCCCUCUACCUGAUCUACUACCGGCGGCAGCUGGAGCGGAAGCUGCAGCAGAAAAGGGAGGAUGACAAACUUUUCCUCAAGAUCAACGGUUCAUCCAACCAGGAAGCUUUCGUGUAGCACCCAUCACCUCAGAAAUGUGGCUGCCCGCCUGUGCUUCAGUGACGGCCCUCCUCCCCAUGCAGAGGACCCCCCUGCGCCCCGAGGAUCCUCUCCUUUACCACGUCGGUGUCCACACUCCGUCCCAGGAUCCUGGUCCUGCCUCAGAGCUCUGCAGUGGAAGGAUGGGAAAGGACCCAGGACGGGCAAUUUUCCUACUGCUGGAGGCAGGGGCUGCCCUGGGCUUUGCUCUGCUGGCCCCCAGGGGCCCUGAGGCCUUGGGGCUCCAUGGAACUUGCAGGAGGAGCCAGGAGGACCCCCAGCAGGCAGGCUUUCUCCUCAAAAUGUCUGGAUUUUGCCUCCUGCCAAACAGAGGGGUCUGCCAUCCACUGCCUGCCCCCCACCCCUUGGCUGCAUGCCCACCAACCACGCUUGCCUGAGGACAAAGGCUUGCACUGUCUGCAACCCCCUUGCCUGGCCCCUCACCUCCUCCCCUGGCCAGUCAGGCUGCCUGAGGAAGGAAGGACCCGCUUCCUGUUGUUGGUGCUAACUCCUUUGUAAUUCCAACCCCCUGUAGCCUGUCCUUCCAUUAGAGGCCUGUGGAGAAGCCCCACUGGCUUAAAGCCUGGGGAGGG